UGCAGUAGUGUAGUAAUGGUAAAUUGUUAACCGGUACCAGCCCGCCAUUGUUUUAGUUAGCGCUGUUAGAGAGUGAGCGGCUGGAGGUCAGUUGUUAGGUGUCAGUUGUCAGGUGUCAGUUGUGAGCGGCCGGUCAUCCCGCGGUGAAGAGUUCGCUGCCUCGCCGCUGCUACCAAGAUGCGCCCCUCAGCCACCUGGGCGCUGUACCUCGUGGGAAGCUUAUUGACACUCACGCAUGCCUCGCCGCUGCAGGUGGUGCUGGCUGACACAGGAGCCCCGCUGACGCCGCAGGAGGAGGAUGCCCUCUUUUCCCGCCAUCCUGAAGCGGAGGGUUACCGAGUGUUGCGGUGGGAGGCAGGAGCGGCGGGGACACAGCGGACCAGGCGGGAGGUCAACACCGGCUCCUCUCUUCGUCUUCACCUUCCCCUGCCGCCUGGCCAUGUAGAACUCGUCUUGGAGAAGAACAGCAUCGCUGCGCCAGAUCUUGAGUCUCGGUUCCAGAACGCAUCAACAGCAGGGGACGAGGAGCAGCUACUCACUGACUGCUUCUACUCCGGUGGCUCGUCUGUCUCCUGGGCCGUGAUGUCCACCUGCGACGGCCUGAGCGGCCUCCUUCUGCACGGCGGGAAGAACUACCGGGUGGAGGAACUAGCGCCGCCACCACGACAGCAGCACCACCGCCACCACCGGCCUUAUCCCCACGGAGAUCCAGACUCUCCUCUCUUGGUCAUCUUCCCCUUCAGUCUUGCCCCUACAACCACGUCAGACACUGCAAACCUCACAAGAGUAUGGAGCGACGCACACGCUGAGACGCCCCACACACCAGCAGUGGAGGUGCACACACACGUCCUGGGCCACAGAAGGACGAGGGCGGUGAGGCGACGAGUGACAGGGAAAAGCCCAAGCAAGUAUAUGAUGGAGCUGGCGGUGUAUAUAGACGACUCUCUGGUGUCCCACGUCAAGAAGCGCUAUCCCACCGCAAACCCAAAGAAGAAAGCAGAGGAGAUCGUGAUGACUCUUCUUAACGUGGUGAAUCGUGUCUUCUCCGACCCCAGUCUUGGUGCCGUGAGCGUGAAGUUAGUAGUGAGGAAGCUGAAGUUCUUGGGUGCUGGGGUGGUGAGCGAGGCUGCUGGGGACGGCAACGCGUACCUUGGUAACUUCUGUGUCUGGCAGGCGGAGAGCACCAGCAAGCGUCAGGCAAAGCAUUGGGACCACGCGCUGCUCCUGACGGGGGUGGACCUGUACUCCGACGAGCCCCAGUACACCUCCACCACGGGCAUGUCCUUCAUCGGGGGUAUGUGUUCGCACAGACACUCCUGCUCCAUCGUAGAGGGCACCAAGUUCACCUCAGCCUUCACCAUUGCGCAUGAAAUGGGACACAGCAUGAACCUGGUGCACGACGGGGAGAAGACAGCGGCGACCUGCAGCAAGACGGGCCACCUCAUGGCCACCUCACUCAACGACGGCGGCCACACGUGGUCCUCCUGCUCCAAGAAACAACUCAGGGACUUCCUCCGCAAGCAAGGGACGUGUCUGGCGGAGGAGGGCGGCGGCGGCAUGCUGACCUAUCCCAUCCCAGACGAGGUGCUCCCCGGCAGGAAGUUUGACGCGGACCAGCAGUGCCACUACAUGUUCGGCAAGGGCUGGAGCCACGCCCCCGACCACCAGCCUAACGUGUGUCAGGAGAUCUGGUGCUACAAGGGACUGAAGCUAAGGAGUCCCGGCGUAUCUCCCCUAGAUGGCACCACCUGUGGGCGUAACAAGGUGUGCAUCAAAGGACGCUGUCAAUCUACUGGAGCUGCGAAGAAUCGGCAGUACAGAACCAACAAGAAAAAACAGUCAGGAGGAAGGAGAAAAAAGAAAAUGAUGAAGAAAAUAGUGAAGAAACUAAUGAAGAAGGAAAAGAAAAAGAUCCGUCCAAGUAACGAGGAGAAAGAUGAAGUAUUGGAAGAAGUGGAGGGCCAGAAUGAUGAAGGACGAGAAAAUGAAAUAGGAAAUGCAAGGAAGGAUGAAAAUGACGAUGACACGAGUGAGGAAAAAACUGAAGAGAAGAUUCAAACCUCAAGUAAAUAUAUCAAGUUGCUGGAGAAGAUGCUGAAGGAAGCGAAGAAAUCUAUGAACAGAACCAAGAAGACUAAGGAGAAAAACAACGCAAAGUGUGAAGGGAAAGCAAAACAGGAGGAUGAAAUCAUGGAAAUAACUAAUAACAAAACUCGAGAAACCGACAUAAAUGACCAAGGAGAUCUAAGACACGACAAAGAUGAGAAGAAACAAGCGAAAAACAAGAAGCUUAAACAGAUGAUCAAACAACAGGUGAAGAAGCAUUUAAACUCCGUAAAUAGACGAGGGAAAGAAAAAGCUCCUCCUAGAAUCAGAAAGAUCGAAUCGCCGACCCAGAUUAUUAUCAAAGAGAGACUGAAGUACGUCAAAGAUAAAGGGUGGAAGGUGAAUGUUCUGAAAAUAAAGAAGAAGAAGCUGGCAAACAGAAGAGUCAAAGUGAAAGAUUACACAAUAACGUGCAACGGAUCACAGUCAAAAUGUAGAAUAACAACUAAACAAGCCCGAAAAAAGAACAGAGUAAGGCAACAACGACCAAAUAUACCGAAUAGAAAGGUUACCAGGAAAAUACAAAAUAAACGUCUGCCUCUAAACGCGUCAAAGAAAACGAAGGUCAGACUUGGGAAAGAGAAAACCACUCCAGUAAGCACAAGGAAGACUGCACUAGCGAGGGAGCAGUGUCAGCCACGGAAAAUCAAAUACGUCAGCGGAAAGGGAUGGCUGGUCAAAGUAUCUCACGACUGCUUCAAAUUGCAUGAAAGGAAAAAAGGAAGAAAUGACGUAAUGCGUUUAGUCAAAGAUAAGCAAUUCCCCACGAAGGAAAACUAUAGUGGUUUUAGUGAAGGUAAAGAAAACUAAAUAAUAUGAAAAAGACAAGAAAAAAUGUUUGAUACGUUAAGGAAAACUAAGAAAAAAAAAUACCAAAGAAAGAAUAGGUCCCUUCAUUUAUUUGUUGUUAAUGGAAAGUCAUUAUCUAAAUUAAAUACCUCAUAAAUAAAUAAAAACACGACAAAAUAAUGCAUUCAUCAAACGAAACCAUCUAUUUACGGCUAAAGUUACACAAAACUUCAUAUAAAAAUAGCAAUGUGGUCUGCCCACAAUCUUUAAUCUACUACUUUCCUUCAAUUUCCUUUCUUUUACUUCUUCUGUCCAAACUCUUCAAUAUUCUCAAUCUUUCUACAAGCAAAACAAAAGCAAAACGGCUUAAGUUGUUUGACUGAUUAGCCAAUAGGCAUAUAAAGAUGUUUAUGAAAUCUGCCUUCAUACAGUACGUUCUAUUUACUCUCGUUUCCCCGCCGUCAGUGCACCGUAGUCUUUCAGUGGUAUCCUAACUGUGAGAUGGUGUCCGUGGCAGCGAGAGCGAUAUCUGCUCCUUUACCACUGUUCUCGGAUACGUGGCUUGGUUUUAGCGUGCGUGACACUAGAGCACCACAAUGGGAGACGCUAACACACAAGACUGAUAAGCAGCACGAGGCGAAAUGUUUG